AUGGCGUCGUCCACGGCCUCGCUCGCCCCCGCGGCCGCGAUGCUGGAGCGGCUGGGCCUCCGCGUCGCGCCCACCGACGCCGCCGCGGACGACCACCACCAGGCCGUCCCGGGGCUCCUCCCGCUGUGCUGCGCCGUGCAGCACUACGAGUGGGGCCGCCGCGGCGCCGACUCCCUCGUCGCGCGCCUCGCCGGCGAGGGCGGCGAGGACGGAGGACGGCCCUGCGCCGAGCUCUGGAUGGGCACGCACCCGGCCGCGCCAUCCUCGCUCGCGCCCGACGUCUCGCUCCGCGACUGGGUCGCGCGUAACCCCGCCGCGCUCGGCCGCGACGUCGCCGCGCGAUGGGGCGGCGACCUUCCCUUCCUCUUCAAGGUGCUGUCGGUGGCGAAGGCGCUGUCGAUCCAGGCGCACCCGGACCGGGAGCUCGCCGCGGCGCUGCACGCGCUGCGCCCGGCCACGUACCGCGACGCCAACCACAAGCCCGAGAUGGCCGUCGCCGUCACCGAGUUCCACGCGCUCUGCGGCUUCGCCGCCACACAGGAGCUCAAGGAAGUAUUGAGGACUGUACCCGAGGUUCAGGAAUUAGUUGGCAAAGAAGAAUCUCGGAAGCUUUUGGGUGUCAAAGAGCAAGAUGGGGGGAUUGGUGUGAGGUCGUAUCUGAAUUCAGCUUUCACCAAGUUAAUGACAGCGAGUGACGAAGCAGUUUCUGAAGCAAUUGCAAACCUUAGGACUCGCUUGAACAGUGAGAGCAAGGCUAGAAGUUUAACACAGAAGGAGCAACUUGUUUUGUCAUUGGAGAAGCAGUACCCAGGAGAUGUUGGUGUGCUGGCAGCGUUCUUCCUAAAUUUUGUUAAGCUAAAUCCUGGUGAAGCACUUUAUGUUAGUGCCAACGAACCUCAUGCAUAUCUCUCAGGGGAGUGCAUCGAAUGUAUGGCCACUUCAGACAACGUUGUCCGUGCAGGUCUAACUCCGAAAUACAGAGAUGUGCAAACUCUCUGCUCGAUGUUGACUUAUAAUCAGGCCUUCCCAGAAAUUUUGCAAGGAAUGCCUGUACAGCCUUAUGUGACUCGUUACACCCCAUCAACUGACGAAUUUGAAGUUGACCGCUACUUGCUACCUCCUGGCAAAUCAGUCACCAUGUCUCCGGUGCCUGGUCCAUCCAUAUUCAUCGUCAUGACAGGAGAAGGAGAAAUCCAGGCAGGCUUCAUGACUGACAGCGCAAAGGCAAAGGAAGGUGACGUUUUCUUUGUGCCGGCUCACACCAAGGUCAAGCUCUACACUUCGUCCCCCAGGCUAAGUUUAGCAAAGAAGGAGCAACUUGUUUUGUCAUUGGAGAAGCAGUACCCAGGAGAUGUUGGUGUUCUGGCAGCGUUCUUCCUAAAUUUUGUUAAGCUCAAUCCUGGUGAAGCACUUUAUGUUAGUGCCAACGAACCUCAUGCAUAUCUCCCAGGGGAGUGCAUCGAAUGUAUGGCCACUUUAGACAACCGUGCAGGUCUAACUCCGAAAUACAGAGAUGCGCAAACUCUCUGCUCGAUGUUGACUUAUAAUCAGUCCUUCCCGGAAAUUAAGCAAGGAAUGCCUGUACAGCCUUAUGUGACUCGUUACGCCCAAUCAACUGACGAAUUUGAAGUUGACCGCUACUUGCUACCUCCUGGCAAAUCAGUCACCAUGUCUCCGGUGCCUGGUCCAUCCAUAUUCAUCGUCAUGACAGGAGAAGGAGAAAUCCAGGCAGGCUUCAUGACUGACAGCGCAAAGGCAAAGGAAGGUGACGUUUUCUUUGUGCCGGCUCACACCAAGGUCAAGCUCUACACUUCGUCCCCCAGGUCCAUGCAGCUGUACAGGGCUGGGGUAAACAGCAGUUUCCUGAGUUGA